AUGGCCCCCACACUUAGUGAGUCAAUGCGGACCGCUCUCGCGUCGCGUGCCCGUAAGUCUUCACUGCGCACCCUCAGCGUUGUCCCGCCCGAUUCCGUCGAUUUCUCUUCCAAUGACUUUCUGUCUCUCUCUGUGUCAGCCGCACUUCACGGCUCUUUUGUCGAGAACCUCCGCACUGGCCCAUUGCGCCUCGGCUCUGGUGGCUCCCGGCUUUUGGAUGGCAACAGCGAAUAUGCUACUGCCCUCGAAGCUACCAUUGCCUCCUUCCACAACGCUGAGGUAGGCUGUCUGUUUAACUCGGGCUUUGACGCCAAUGCCGGCUUCUUUGCUUGUGUCCCGCAGCCGGGCGACGUCAUCGUGUAUGAUGCGGCCAUCCACGCGAGUGUGCACGAGGGCAUGCGGCAGUCACGCGCUGGAGUGCGAGCGCCGUUUGAGCACAACGACGUUGGUGAUCUAGAACGUGUCCUGCAGAAAGCUGUGGCGGAGGAUGCGCAAGUAAAACGCGGUGAGAGGAAUGUUUUUGUUGCCGUGGAGAGUUUGUACAGCAUGGAUGGCGAUGUCGCGCCGCUGAAGGAGAUUGUGGAGGUGGUAGAACGUGUGCUACCUGCGGGAAAUGGGAAGAUAAUUGUUGAUGAAGCGCAUUCAACCGCCAUCAUUCUUUGCUCGCCGCUCACAAAGGAGUAUCUCAUCAACUACGCUCGUCCGCUCAUCUACACGACAUUCAUGUCGUAUCCUUCCCUGGUCGCUAUCCGCACCGUGUACGAUUUGAUGAUGAGCGGCGGAACUGCUGCAGCUGCUGCACACUUAUGGAAACUCGUCGUCCACCUCCACACCCGUCUGCUCGCAUUACCGCACUGUCCCACGAAUCCCAUCCUACGAAUCCCAAAGCAGUGUCCACAAUCGCCAAUCUUUGCGCUCCUGACACCCCAGCCUCGCAGUCUGGCGCGAACGUGCCAGGAGGCUGGGUACGUCGUCCGAGCCAUAGUGGCGCCGACAGUACCGUUGGGGAUGGAGCGAGUGCGAGUUUGUCUGCAUGCGGGAAAUUCAUUGGCAGAGGUGGAAGCUUUAGUCGGCAUCAUAAGGAAGUGGGUUCAAACGGGCGGAAGCAGGUCCGUCAAGCACAAGGCAAAAAUAUGA